CAGCUUCUCCGCACGAGAGACUCUGACUUUCCACCUGGACUUGCUGCGGACGGGCCCGUAUUACCACCAUCAUCUCUGCACCACCACCACCUCCGCCGCCGUUCGCCCUCUCGAGCCUCUUUCGAGAUCGCGAGGACUCAUUCCAGGACCCCCCCAGCCACUAGCGAUGGACGAGUAGUUAUCUCCAGCAAGCCACUCCGCAAGCUUUCGCCCCUUCGGUGUCCACCUCCGCACCGAAACCCUCCCGUGCUGUUCUUUCUCGGCCGCGCCUACGCGGCAGCAACCACAACGAAUCAAGUGCUACAGCCGCGUAGGCGACUUUGCUGCCGCUGCCAUCGUUUCAGCCGGCUGGCAAGUUCUACCUCAGCCCUUGCUACCGACAAUGUUCAACUCAAACUUUGCUUCACCGCCUGAUCUGCCGAGUCCGAACGCGAAUAUGUAUGAUGUGGACGGACUGGACGAGUCAUCUUUUGAUCUGGUCGAUGGCGCCAAUCCAACAUUUGACCCAAAUGACUUCCUGAACUCCGACCUUAUGUCGUCUCCCGCACCGACCACAGCGCAGUUGAAUUUCGGAUCUCCAGUCAUCUUUCAGAACAAGGCCGCGCAAAGCCCUUUGCCCCAAUUUCACCCCAGGUCCGUGGUGUCCUCCGCCUCGCCUGAGAGUUCUACACAGGACUCAUCUUCGGAUUCCUCCGGCCGAAGGAAGCGCAAGAGCCCUUCGGAGUCCUCGCCUGGUGCCGUGUUUGGAUCGUACCACUCGCAGAACGAGAAUUCAUGGUCUGAUCAGGGACUGGAGAUGGCAAGGGGAAAAAGGAGGCCCAAGCAUGAUUCCCCGGUCAUGAAGCAGGAGGACGCGAGUAUGGGAAUGCUGAACAAUUCAAUGACCCAGUCGUUCAACAUUAAAAGCGCUGCCAACAGUCCCCCCGCUGUUCCAGGUGCUCCUGCGUCGAAGACUUGGAGUAUCGGUACGCCAAGGUCUGCGGGCGAACAAGAUCUUUCAGCCAUGCCUUACAGGACCCGAUCGCCGGCUACGUUUCACUUCGGCAUCGGCAGUCGCGAUACCACUCCCCCUUCAGCUAUGCCAUUCGAUUCGACACAUAACACACCUUAUAUGAUGAUGAGAGAUUCGCCAGAUACAGAUCCACUGUCUUUCCCAGGUCGUACUCCGCUUGGCAGCAUGAUGGAUGGUUUCACCAUGUUCAGCCCUGCACCUGCCAUUCAAACCACUACAAAUAUGGGCACUGUUCGGCCUGGUGAUAUAGGCCGACAACAGAUUAGGCUCCACGUGUCACCACUCGGUCAAAAAUCACGAGUAGAGACGCAGAUUCCUAUAAAGCUAACCCUUGACCCAUUACCAGCCCACGUCAAGAAGAUGCACCUGCCAACCGAGACAAUCGCCAAAGCCAAAUUUCUUGCUAAAGAGACUCGCCCUUCACAUGAUACACUUGAGCUUUCCGCAAUGCUUGUUUGCACAAGUGCCAUGGAGAAACCGGAACACAAAGCUCAUGCCUUGCAGAUAGCUCGUGAAGGCUCGCAUCUCAAGCGGGGCGUUAAUCCACGACGAUCUUCGACCGGCGACACAAAGAAAGGCGGUGAGCUAGAUCUAAGCGAUCCUGACUCACCAAUGAAUGGUGGCCCGGUAAGAAUAUGUGAUAAUUGCGUAUCUCGUGAGCGGAAGCGAGCUGGUCGUAAGAAAGCGAAGAAGCAAGAAGACGAAGAACGAUGGUAUGAGUAUGAGCACGAUCGCAUUAUCAUGUUCAAUACAACCGAAUAUGUUGAGUUCCAUACUCCCACGCCAGCGAAAGAGCCUCAAUACGCCGAGAACGUCAGUUUCUCUCCAGAGGCGAAGCAAAUUGAUGCACCUAUGCGCAUAGUUUGCUAUUGUAGACAUCAACAAGAAAAGAUUGGUUUCCAGGUUAUUUUCACGAUAAAGGACUUUCAAGGACGCAUUGUGGCCCAAGUGAUGACGCAAUCCAUACUUAUAACUGACGACCAUAAAACACAUACGCACGGCGUCUCCAGCACACCUGGCCUGGCUGUCGUAGAUAGUGCAAACGUGAGCAUACCUAGUUUCAUACCAGGAGGGGCAGUGCAACCUCACGGCUUGCCAGGAAGAGCCUAUCAUUCAAGCACGAAUUUGGCUGGCCUAAGCAGCCAAAGUUUCUUCAACAAUAUCGGAAAUGCGCUCGCACAAGGUCAAAGAUCGGCGACAUCAAUGACACCACGAAAUCUGUCAAGGCCAGCAUCUCCAUCAGGCCACACUGGACCAAAAAAGAAGAGGAAGGGCUCAAGCGGCCAGCACAAGAUUCCUGCAGAUCUCAUGAUGACUCGUUCUGAUCAUGAACCAAUAACAUCGACUCCUACCGCAACAUCCACGUCUCAAGUAAUGGCCUCGCACGUUUCUCCAGAAAGUGGAAAUUUUGGUUUCGACACCAGCAUGUCCUUCGGCGGGUUGACACAACAGAAUACAUUCAACACAACUCCGCCAACGCCCGAUCCUUCCAUUCCUCAAACAGUCAACCACGAGAAAGGAGACAACUAUUUCUUCUCGGCACCAAAUUCUGCGCAUCCCAGCCGAGCGCCAAGUCCGACAUCCUUUGCUCGACAGCAGAUUGGCAUGUAUUCGAAUGCAGUAGCUGCAAAGCCAAAUGCCUUCAGUGGAAUACAGUUUGGUGCAAAUGAGUCACACCCCCCCCCAACCAUGUAUAAAAUUCGGCCUGAUAGGGGCCCAACAAGCGGCAACAUUGAAGUUGUGAUUCUUGGCAAAAACUUCAACCGCAAUCUCGAGGUCAUGUUCGGAGACAACAUCGCUACAGCUACAACAUUCUGGAACUCGGAUACGCUUGUUUGCUUAUUGCCACCUGCUGUGAACGCUGGGGCUGUGCCGGUUACCUUUGUGACAACUGACCAGCGAAGUUUCCUUCCGCCGAGCUCAUCCACGCUCAUGUUCACAUAUGUCAACGACGGCCAGCAAUCUCUUUUCGAGCUUGCCAUACGGCUUCAAUGUCAGGCGCAGACCGGUCAAGGUAGUGAUCAUCUACAAUACGCGCAGAAUCUAAUCAAUGCGUUGUCGCCCGGAAACAAUUUCACUGGAGGACAGGCCGGUGGCUUUAACGCCAACAUGUUGAGUACGGGCAACGCAGAGGAUUUAAUGUUAUCAAUUAUCAACAAAGUCGAUUUGAUCGAUAGUCCGUUCAAACCGUACUACGAACAUAGGACCGACAGAGGCUCAACAAUGCUGGCUGUUGCUUGCAGACUUGGCUACGAGAGGCUUGUUGCAGCACUCCUCGCGCGUGGAGCAGAUCCGGACGCUGCCGAUGUUGGAGGCUUCACGCCUUUGAUGCUGGCUGCGCUGUGCGGCCACGUUUCCAUUGUUCGAAGGCUAAUUUUGCGUGGGGCUGAUCCAGGCUUGCGGAACUUGCGCGGUAUGACAGCCGCAGAACUGGCGCCCACACCGGAGGUCAGACAGUAUGUGCGCCAUCGUCGCCAUUACAGAUCUGUUAGCGCAGGCAGUCUGUUCGUUCGCAGCAGAGCAAACAGUGCGACAUCAACCCGAUCUUUGUGGGGCCCACCUUCCUCCAGUGCUAGCAGUACAAUGUAUUCAACUGAAGAUGAGUCGGCUCUGGAAAGUGGAAAUGAGGACGAGAACGAUCAUAUAGUGCAUGUGUCUUUAUCAGCUCUUGCUUCGCGACGUCAAAGCCUCGCUGCUUUGCAAUCUCGUCGAGGAAGUGAGAUCUCGCGAACAGGCGCUGAUACCAUUCUUUCGACACCUGCGGCAGUUCCAAGCGAAAAUGCACCAGCGAAUACGAUUUCGAUGCUAACAGCGCUCCGCGAUCAGAUGACGGCACAGAUCAAUGCUUUGCAGCAGAAUUUGACGUCGAUGCAGCUCUCUGAUUUAUUGCAGGAGCAAGACUUGAGAGCCUUUGGCCGCAGGAUAAGCACAUGGGGACCUAUGAUGCGACGUGUCCCUUCGCCAAGAUCUGCUUCGCCAGCAUCUUCAGAGCCGCCGCCGCCAUAUCAUGAAGCAUGCCCUGAUAGUGCUGACCAGGACUUUGAUACGAAGCCUCCUGACGUGCUCGUCGCUGAAUCGAGUCAUUCUGCAUUCACUGCAACACUUCUGCCACCAUCAUCCGCACAUGACUCAACACUGCGACAGCGAGCAGCUGCAGAAAGCACAGCUGGUAAAGUUACAAUCGGAAAGACAAGUCCGACGGGCGUGGAAGCUGCAGAACUACGAAGAAUUCGCUUGGAGAGAUUGACUCCAGCAAAAUACGACAAAAAUUUGUGGUCAAUCUGGUUCCCACUACUCAUUAUUCUCGUGACAUGGUAUUUUUCCGGCUUGCAAGCUCCGCCCUUCGUGUCGUGGCUGAAGUCACUCAACGUAACUGUCACUGAGUCGUUCGGUAAGGCAUUCCCUGCGUUAUAAAAUGUUCCUGACCAAGUAGGUUUUGCUGCAGUGGAACAAUGAAAUUCAUCGUCCGGGAUUAUGUCUAUUCGCUAUUUCGCUAUUUGGUUCUUGCUGUAUUUACCACCUUAACAGUUGAAGUCUACAUAUAUGGUUAUCCCCAUAGCAUGGCGUUCUUGUAUCAUGAAUUGGAUGAUGGCAUCUAUAAUAUGAUAUGGAUGGCAUCGGGAUGGAGUUUAGUAUUAAUAGGUAUGGCUCCGGAAGAGAAAAGGUAAAAGGUGGCUUUGAAGUGACCUGGAAGAACUUGGGUUCUGUGUUGUGGAUAAUAUAAGUCUCCUGACAUUCGUUCAAUCUAUUUAAUGUUUCAACGUUUUAGCAAAGCAUGGCACGCAGAAAAUGGUUUGUUCACGUCAAAAUUGGUAUUUUUUUUAUCGUUACUGAUGUUAUGGAUUCAUCAGGUAGAUUAUUCUUGCAAUAUUGGGAAUGAGCAGGAGAAUCUUCGACACAUAACUUACUUGGUUUUUGUAUGUUUGAAAAAUACCGUUGUUGGAAAAAAGACUGGUAUCCUCAACGAUAGGAAUUCUUGUGCAGCAAAUCAUGCAUAAGAAUCGCCCUUGGUAUGAAAUUUUUACGUAAGGAAAUAGCUAAAUCUUGG